AGGGGGUCGCGCCGCUGGUCCGGUGGGAGAGAGGCGCCAUGGGCAAGCUGCGCCGGCGGUACAACCUCAAGGGGCGCCUGCAGGCGGGCCCCGACCCCUCGAAGGGGCCGCCUGCCCCGCCCGCGGUUCGGCUGGAGCUGGAGGACAAGGACACACUGAAAGGAGUGGACGCCAGCAAUGCCCUUGUGCUGCCCGGGAGAAAGAAGAAGAAGACCAAGGCCCCUCCCUUGUCCAGGAAGGAGAAGAAGCCUUUGACCAAGAAGGAGAGGAAAGUGCUGCAGAAAAUCUUGGAGCAGAAGGAGAAGAAGAGCCAGCGAGCGGAGAUGCUGCAGAAGCUGAGUGAGGUCCAGGUGUCGGAGGCCGAGAUGAAACUCUUGUACACCACGUCUAAGCUGGGCACUGGCCACCGCAUGUACCACAGCAAAGAGAAGCCUGACGAAACGGCAGUGCAGGGCCACCAGAAGAUCAGCAGCCUCGUGGGGGCUCACCGGAAGCGCCCCCACUGGCCAGCAGAGGAGGAGGCUGAGUCCUCGGGGGAUUCUGAGCCUGAGGAGACGGCUGCUGAGGCCACCACAGCACAGCUUCCGCUGGCCCCAACUGGGGGUAGGCAGGAGAGCCCUGCGCCCCACGGGCAGCCCUCUGCAGCUACAGCACCUUCCCCCUCAAAGGGAGCAACCUCCAAUCUGCCGAGGCCCCUGGCGAAGCCCGCAGUGUUCGUCCCCGUGAACCGCGUGCCCGAGAUGCAGGAAGAGCGGCUCAAGCUCCCGAUCCUCGCAGAGGAGCAGGUGAUCAUGGAGGCAGUGGCUGACAACCCUAUCGUCAUCGUGUGUGGCGAGACGGGGAGUGGGAAGACCACACAGGUGCCCCAGUUUCUCUACGAAGCAGGCUACAGCAGCGAUGACAGCAUCAUUGGUGUCACAGAGCCCCGCCGAGUGGCUGCCGUGGCCAUGUCCCAGCGAGUGGCCAAGGAGAUGAAUCUGUCACAGAGGGUCGUCUCCUACCAGAUCCGUUACGAAGGAAACGUGACCAGUGAGACCAGGAUCAAGUUCAUGACAGAUGGCGUGUUGCUCAAAGAAAUCCAGAAGGACUUCCUGCUGCUCAAGUACAGGGUGGUGAUCGUGGACGAAGCCCAUGAGCGCAGCGUGUACACGGACAUCCUCCUCGGCCUCCUGUCCCGCAUCGUGGCCCUCCGGGCAAAGAGGCACCUGCCCCUGAAGCUGAUCAUCAUGUCGGCCACGCUGCGGGUGGAGGACUUCACCCAGAACCAGCGGCUCUUCCCCCAGCCGCCUCCGGUCAUCAAGGUGGAGUCCAGGCAGUUCCCUGUGACCGUGCACUUCAACAAGCACACGCCACUGCAGGACUACAGCGGUGAGUGCUUCCGGAAGGUCUGCAAGAUCCACCGGAUGCUGCCUGCAGGUGGCAUCCUGGUGUUCCUUACGGGGCAGGCGGAGGUGCACGCGCUGUGCCGCAGGCUCAGGAAGGCCUUCCCAGCCUCCAAGUCCCGGGCACCAGAGAAGGAAGACAAGAAGGACUCGGUGGAGGAAAUGCGGAAGUUCAAGAAGUCCCGGGCCAGGGCAAAGAAGGCUCAGGCUGUGAUGCUGCCCCAGAUCAAUCUGGAUAACUACUCGGUGCUGCCAAUGGGCGAAGGCGACGAGGACAGGGAGGCGGAGAUGGACGAUGAGGAGGAGGCCCUGGGCUCCGACCUUGAUUUGGACCUGGGGGACGACGGGGACGACGGAGGUGAGCAGCCGGACGCCUCCCUGCCCCUCCACGUGCUCCCACUCUACUCCCUGCUGGCCCCCGAGAAGCAAGCGCAGGUCUUCAGACCUCCCCCAGAGGGGACAAGGCUGUGUGUUGUGGCCACCAACGUGGCCGAGACGUCCCUCACCAUCCCAGGCAUCAAGUAUGUGGUGGACUGUGGGAAGGUCAAGAAGCGCUUCUAUGACCGCGUCACGGGUGUAUCCUCCUUCCGUGUUACCUGGGUCUCCCAGGCAUCAGCUGAUCAGCGAGCAGGCCGCGCAGGCCGGACAGAACCAGGCCACUGCUACAGGCUGUACUCCUCUGCGGUCUUCGGUGACUUCGAGCAGUUCCCUCCUCCUGAGAUCACCCGCAGGCCCGUGGAGGACUUGAUUCUGCAGAUGAAAGCUCUCAACAUUGAGAAGGUCAUCAACUUCCCCUUCCCAACGCCUCCCUCCACGGAGGCCCUCGUGGCUGCUGAGGAGCUGCUGAUCGCACUGGGGGCCCUGCAGGCUCCCAGGCAGGCAGGAAGGUUGAAGCAGCUGCAGAGGUCCCGGCUGAGCUGCCCCAUCACGGUGCUGGGCAGGACCAUGGCCACCUUCCCUGUGGCACCCCGUUAUGCUAAGAUGCUGGCGCUGAGCCGGCAGCAUGGCUGUUUGCCCUAUGCCAUCGCCAUCGUGGCCGCCAUGACUGUGCGGGAGCUGUUCGAGGAGCUGGACAGGCCAGCAGCCAGCGAGGACGAACUCGCCAUGCUGAAGGCCCAGCGGUCACGGGUGGCCCAGGUGAAGAGGGCCUGGGCGGGGCAGGGAGCCUCCCUGAAGCUCGGUGACCUCAUGGUGCUGCUGGGUGCCGUGGGAGCCUGCGAGUACGCCGGCUGCUCGCCCCAGUUCUGUGAGGCCAACGGGCUGCGGUACAAGGCCAUGCUGGAGAUCCGGCGCCUGCGGGGCCAGCUGACCACUGCAGUCAAUGCCGUGUGCCCUGAGGCUGGGCUCUUCGUGGAUCCAAAGAUGCAGCCACCCACCGAGAGCCAGGUGACCUACCUGCGACAGAUGGUGACGGCCGGCCUGGGCGACCACCUGGCCCGCAGGGUGCAGAGCGAGGAGCUGCUGGAUGAGAAGUGGAGGAACGCCUACAAGACCCCUCUCCUGGAUGACCCCGUCUUCAUCCACCCCAGCUCCGUCCUUUUCAGAGAGCUCCCAGAGUUCGUGGUCUACCAGGAAAUCGUGGAGACCACCAAGAUGUACAUGAAAGGUGUCUGCACCGUGGAGGUCCAGUGGAUUCCAGCCCUGCUGCCCUCCUACUGCCAAUUUGACAAGCCCCUGGAGGAGCCAGCCCCCACCUACUGCCCCGAGCAGGGGCGGGUGCUUUGUCACCGGACCAGCGUGUUCUAUCGCGUCAACUGGCCACUCCCUGCCGUCCAGGUGGACUAUCCAGAGGGCCUCGACCGCUACAAGCACUUCGCGCGGUUUCUGCUGGAAGGGCAGGUCUUCUGCAAGCUGGCUUCCUACCAGGGCUGCCUGCUGUCUAGCCCGAGCACCAUGCUGAAGACCUGGGCCAGGCUGCAGCCCCGCACGGAGAGUCUGCUGAGGGCCCUGGUUGCCGAGAAGGCCGACUGCAGGGACACCCUGCUUGCCGCCUGGAAGAAAGACCCCAAAUACCUACUGGCUGAGUACUGUGAGUGGCUCCCGCAAGCCAUGCACGCCAGCGUCGAGAAGGCCUGGCCCCCCACCUCUGACCGCUGACUGGACACUUGGCUGCAGGACUGGACUGGAGACUGAAGGGGGACUGAAGGGGCUGGCAGCACCCAGCCCCCUGGCCUGCUUCCUUUUUCAUAACUAUUUAUUAUAAGGUGGACAAUUGUUGGACCUCCCA